AGCAGAUAUAAACUCACACGCUGACCUACUUUGGCAGUCAAGGAAGACGCACUCAGAGAACUUCACAAAACUCUUUUGGACUCAAGGAUGCUGCAGUUUGUUUGCGUGUUGCUGCUGGCGGCGUCGGCUCUGAGCCACCUGGAUGAAGCGUCUCUGGACGUCCAGUGGGAGGAAUGGAGGACCACACACAGGAGAGAGUACAACGGCCUGGGUGAAGAGGAGAUCCGCAGGGCCAUCUGGGAGAAGAAUAUGCGUAUGAUUGACGCUCACAACCAGGAGGCAGCGCUGGGCAUGCACUCGUACGAGCUGGGGAUGAACCACCUGGGCGACAUGACCUCAGAGGAAGUGUCGGAGAAGAUGACCGGCCUGCAGAUCCCCGUGAACAGGGAGCGCAGCUUCACCGUGGAUCUGGACAACUCUUUGACCAGGCUCCCCAAAUCUCUUGACUACCGCAAGAAGGGCAUGGUGACGUCAGUGAAGAACCAGGGCGCCUGUGGCUCCUGUUGGGCCUUCAGCUCAGCCGGGGCCCUGGAGGGUCAGUUGGCUAAGACGACAGGUCAGCUGGUGGAUCUCAGUCCCCAGAACCUGGUGGACUGUGUCACAGAGAACGACGGCUGCGGAGGAGGAUACAUGACCAACGCCUUCAAGUACGUGCAGGAAAACGGAGGCAUCGACUCUGAGGAGGCGUACCCGUACGUCGGAGAGGACCAGCCGUGCCGCUACAAUUCAUCAGGCAUGGCGGCCCAGUGCAAAGGCUACAGGGAGAUCCCAGAGGGCAACGAGCAUGCGCUGGCCGUCGCGCUCUUUAAAUACGGUCCGGUCUCUGUGGGCAUCGACGCCACGCUGAGCAGCUUCCAGUUCUACACCAAGGGUGUUUACUACGACCGCAACUGUAACAGUGAGGACAUCAAUCACGCCGUGCUGGCGGUGGGCUUCGGAGUGAACACCAAGGGGAAGAAAUUCUGGAUCGUCAAGAACAGCUGGGGGACGGAGUGGGGCAAUCAGGGCUACAUCAUGAUGGCACGCAACCGCGGCAACCUCUGCGGCAUCGCCAACCUCGCCAGCUACCCGGUCAUGUGAGGACGAAGGGGCUUUGCUCAGACGACUACACACAAAAACACGUUUGAAAAUGUACAGAGUUCAUUCUAACACUGCAGCACUACAGACAGAAACAGCAGAUUUACAAAGGUUUUUUUUAAACAGAGCACAAUAAAAAGAAACUCAAACUGGACUUUUUUGGAAUGAAACUCUUCCACGAUGAAAAAGGGCUACAUGUUGAGUCGUCUUAAUGUCCUUAAAAACAUUGAUGAGGAUGUCUGGUUAUCUUGAGGUCACUGAAGCACUUUGAACCCUCAGAGACUUUUCAGUUUUAUCUUCAGAGCAGCAGACGUCCGCUGUGGUCGCCUCCAGAAACACUCGGCGCCUCCGGGGCCGAGUGUUAGGAACCCGCGACCAGAACAUGGGCGAGUUUGGUGCCGAGUUAAAUCUACAAACACCACUAACAUAUCACAGCCGGCUGCAACAGUUUCAGCUUUACUCUGAGUUUAAAUUGAUGUCGACAGGAAGCAUUGCUGGGCGAUGGGAGCUCCUCCUUUCCUGUUGGAGCAUCACUUCCUUAAAUUUGGUUUUCUCUCGACUUUUGUUUUGUUUUUGUGUUCAGCACUUUUCUGAUGAUCAAACUGAUGUUUUCUAUGAAUAAAGGUUUCAUUUUAAAGUUAAA